CACCACCGCUUGCACGCGUAAAAUCAAAACGCCCUUUAGCCGUUAAACAAUUCCACUUACAAAUCAGACCUCCUCCAUCACCAUUCUCGUCUCACAACAAAAUGGAUCGCGCUUUUCAACGAGCCAAAAUCCUCAGCGAUCAUCUCUUGCAAUCCAAUUCUUCUCAGAUUAUUUCCACAAACGCAUGCUUAAGUUACUGUCCGCCCGAACUCAAUGAACUUUACGAUUUCGACAUCAAAGAGAUGCGGAAACUAUUGGAUGGCCACAACGUCCAAGACCGAGACUGGCUGUUCAAUCUCAUCGUACAGAGCAAACUUUUUAAUCCGAAAAAAGCGGGAGAGAAAGUCUUUAUAUCGCCUGAUUAUAAUCAGUCGAUGGAGCAACAACGGGAGAUGACAAUGAAGAGAAUUUCCUACUUGCUGGAAAGAGGGGUUUUUCAAGGCUGGCUUACUGCCAAAGGAGUCGAAGCUGAGCUGACCAAAUUAGCUCUUCUUGAAGUUGUCAAUAUGUUCGACCACUCGCUCGCCAUCAAGCUCGGUGUUCACUUCUUCUUGUGGGGUGGGGCCAUCCAAUUUUUCGGGACGAAGCGCCACCACGACAAGUGGCUGAGAGACACUGAGAAUUAUGUGGUGAAGGGUUGCUUUUCAAUGACGGAGUUGGGACAUGGAAGUAAUGUCAGAGGAAUUGAAACGGUUACCACUUAUGAUUCAAACACUGGCGAGUUUGUUAUAAACACUCUUUGUGAAUCUGCUCAGAAGUACUGGAUUGGUGGGGCCGCUAAUCAUGCAACACAUACAGUGGUCUUUUCGCAGCUUGAAAUUAAUGGGAAAAAUCAAGGGGUUCAUGCUUUUAUUUGCCAGAUCAGGGAUGAAGAUGGUAACAUCUGUCCUAAUAUCCAGAUAGCUGACUGUGGUCAUAAAAUUGGGUUGAAUGGUGUUGAUAAUGGUCGUCUCUGGUUUGACAAUGUCCGCAUCCCCAGGGAGAAUUUAUUGAAUUCGGUUGCUGAUGUUUCACCAAAUGGGGAAUACCUGAGUGCAAUUAAAGACCCAGAUCAGAGGUUUGCCGCUUUUAUGGCCCCUUUAACAUCUGGUCGUGUAACUAUUGCAGCUAGUGCAGUGUACAUAUCAAAGAUUGGUUUAGCAAUUGCUAUAAGGUAUGCAUUAUCUAGACGGGCCUUCUCUAUUUCACCAAAAUGGCCUGAAACCCUGUUGCUUGAUUACCCAAGUCAUCAACGGCGACUAUUGCCUCUCCUUGCAAAGACAUAUGCAAUGAGUUUGGCCACAAAUUACUUGAAGAUGAUAUAUGUGAAUAGAACACCUCAGUCAAACAAAACCAUUCAUGUUGUUUCAAGCGCACUCAAGGCCGCACAUACCUGGCAUAAUAUGCGAACACUACAGGAAUGUCGUGAAGCUUGUGGAGGACAGGGACUUAAGACUGAGAAUCAUGUUGGUCAUUUGAAAAGUGAAUUCGAUGUGCAGUCUACUUUUGAAGGGGAUAACAAUGUCUUGAUGCAGCAGGUUAGCAAGGCGCUUCUUGCAGAGUAUAUAGCAGCUAAGACGAGAAAUAAUUCUUUCAAAGGUUUGGGAUUAGAACACAUGAAUAAGCCUUGCCCUGUGAUCCCAUCUCAACUUGCAAGUUCUAUCCUCAGGAGCAGCCAGUUUCAAAUGGAUGCGUUCUGCUUAAGGGAGAGAGAUCUCUUGAGUCGUUUUGCUUUGGAAGUGUCGCAGCAUCAAGCCAGGGGACAAAGUAAAGAGUAUGCCUUCAUUCUGAGUUACCAGCUUGCAGAAGAUUUGGGUAGAGCUUUUUCAGAUAGAUUAAUAUUGCAAACCUUUAUUGAGUCUGAGGCAACUGUAUCAGAGGGUUCUUUGAAGCAUGUCCUAGGUUUGUUGAGAUCGUUGUAUGCUUUAAUAUGCUUGGAAGAAGAUGCUGCGUUUCUCCGAUAUGCGUAUUUAUCAACAGACAAUGAUGCUGCUGUGAGGAAAGAAGUCAAACAACUGUGUAGCGAAGUGCGACCACAUGCACUCGCUUUGGUCAGUUCCUUUGGCAUUCCCGAUGGUUUCUUGAGCCCUAUAGCAUUUAACUGGAUUGAUGCAAAUUCUUGGUCUUCAGCUCAUCAAUAGUUUGGUUAUUUAGUUGAAGCAAAAGGUGUAAUGCCCGCAGCUGUCUGCCUUGAGAGUAAGCAGCCGGUCAAACACAUGCUAUUGAAAUUGUGAUGAAACAUACAUUUUGUAAAACAGUUUAUUAAUAAAUCGGGGCUCUUGUUUUCUAA